AUGCAGAAGUCGGAGAUCUUUAACCAGCAAAAGAAAAAAAAAAAACAAACUAAAGCGAUAAGAUUGCAUUGGGUUGGACAUGGACUAGGUUUGGGUUUGGGCUACGACUUUGACUUGGAGCUGGAGCUGGAGCUGCAACAGCAGCAGCAGCAGCAGAAGCAACAGCAACAGCAGCAGCAGGCGCAGCAGCAGCAACAGCAACAGCAGCAGCAACAGCAGCAACAGCUGCAGCAGGCGCAGCAGCAGCAGCAGCAGCAGCAGGCGCAGCAGCAGCAGCAGGCGCAGCAGCAGCAACAGCAACAACAUCAGCAACAGCAACAGCAGCAGCAGCAGCAGCAGCAGGCGCAGCAGCAGCAACAGCAGCAGCAACAGCAACAGCAGCAGCAGCAGCAACAACAGCAGCAACAGCAGCAGGCGCAGCAACAACAACAGCAACAAGAACAACAAGAACAACAAUUACGACAUCAUGUUGCUUUUGCCACAAUGUUCGCUGAUACUUUGAAGUGCACAGAGGGCUGA